GCGUCAACCUCACCGUUAGCCUCGACUCGUAAUGCAAUAGCGCCUUGAACUUGGACUACGACCAUCUCACUAAGUACAUAAGUGCUACCAAGGCUGCUGUCCAAGUUUCUUGUAUAUCACAUUCGCUUCCUGAAGGCAGUAACUACAAGACAAUAGCAAUGGAUCAAGAGAUGGACGCGGGCGGUGCCCCGGUUUUCCAGACCGUUCCCCAACCACAGGCUCCUCAGGUGCCUUACGAUGGACGGAAGAUGUUGGAUCUUGUCUUCAUCCAAGACUGCACUGGAAGCCAGGGGAGCUAUAUCUCAUCCGCGACGAAGAAUAUCGAGGAGAUCUGCGCACACAUCUUUGAAUCCGGAAGACUGCAGUCGCGAGAAGAUCUGAGGGUGGGCCUCGUCGCGUACCGGGACCACCCACCGCAAGAUCAUACCUACGUCACCAAGAACUUCGGCUUCUCGUCCGACAUUAGCAAGGUCCACAAGGACUUGUCUUCGUUAUAUGCCAGCGGAGGUGGCGAUGGGCCAGAAGCUGUCACUGCGGCAAUGGCCGAGACGCUGAACAUGGACUGGAGGGAACAUGCGAGCAAGAUGAUCGUGCUCAUAGCAGACGCGCCACCGCAUGGGAUCGGAGAGUAUGGGGAUGGCUUUGAGAACGGCUCACCCGAUGGUAACGAUCCCCUGCAACUGGCACGAAGGAUGGCCAACCUGGGAAUUACGUUGUUCUUUGUAGCAUGUGAACCCGCACUUAGUGGAUACUCUUAUGCAACGGACUUCUUCCAAGCAAUCGUCAACAUCACUUCGGGGCUCAUGCUCCCGUUAACCACGGCUGACCUUCUGGCUCAUGCCAUCGUCGGCAGUGUUCUCGAGAACUUAGACAUGGAACGAUUGGUUCGGGAGGUCGGGCAGGCCGUGGCUGACCGAAUAUUGGGGAAUAACGAAAGCGUCGACGACGUCGCUCGUGAACUCCACGAAAAGCUUCUCCUCCGGAACGAAAGCACGAAGAAAGUGGUCAUUGAGAGCAUCUACAAAGAGUCGGAGGAAGCGAAACACAAUGUCAAUGUGUUCAUGCAGGCGCCUUCGUUGGCGGAUGCAAGGCCCUUACUCCGGAAGGUACCUGGGACGAGGUUUACGGACAAGUACUUGCAGGCACGACAAUCGUCAUCGCGUUCAUAUUACUCAUAUGCGCCAACAAUACCGGCACGAACUCCUGUCUCCCCCAAGAAGGCGACAGUGGGUCCAACACCGUCUUCGCCGCCUUCUUCACCUCCUCGAAAGGUUGUAUCGGAUUUCGCUGCUUUCGGCGUGCCGAAAGCUGCCAGCGUCUUCGGCACCGCUGUAGCUAGCACGCCUUUCUCAUUGGCCGGUGGCAAGGCCGCUUUCGGAGCGCCCCGGAACACGUCAGGGGCAGGAUUCAGUUCCAUGAUGGACGAUGAUGAUGACGAAGACGAUGAUGACGACGGACGGCAGAAAGUCGAGCUGCGCGAGGAUUCCAUUACGUUGGAUCAGGCGCGGAGAAUCGCGGUCCAGAGUGCAUGGAGGAGUAUUCGGUGAAGAUUAACCCAUAUUCAUUUUGUUUGGCAUUCGAUCAUGAACUGGAUCCCAAUACAUAUUUGUUGGCUUAGGAAUAGUUUACGUUAAAAAGUCGCAUUGAACGCCCCAAUCGACAACAGCAACAUCUCAGAUGUACGGCGUCAUCCAACGCAAUGUUGUGGUCUAGCUUUUCCAAUGUACCCC